CUUGGGGGCAGAACAAGAAGCUUUGCUUUCUGCACUGUUGCACAGUGAGAUCUUGUGGUGGGACUUUCCUAUAACACACACUAUUUAGGAUGCCUGAACUGGUGCGCUAGAAGUGAAAUGAUACCAUCCAUGUAAGUAAACCUUAAAUGAAAAUGUUGAAUCUCUAUCCCGAUGGUGAGGGAUGGUGAGGGAUAUUGCCUUUGUUAUCUGGUCGACUGCCGCCUCCUUCCCUUCCCCUUUCCAUAUAACUGCCUCUGCUGGUUUCUUUUUUUGGAUGUGGCAUUUUUUCCCCACUUGCAUGUUGCUAGUGUAUAAACUUGACGUGAGCUCCUUUGGCUGCGCUUUAGAUUCAGUCUACCCCAGACAGAUGCCAUGAAAUAGUGGCCAAUACCUGGCAGUGUUGAUCAAUAUCUCAGAGAAGAGCCCAAGACCCCUUUUAGGUUAAAAAUAAAAAUUGGUGACCUGGCCCUGCAUCUCAUACACUGGACCUCUUUCUGCUGUAGCAUCUCUGGGCAAGUCUUGGAGAGAUCUAAAGCAUGGUCCUGUUGUAAAAGCAAGUCUUAAAUUUCAUGCUUGGUCAGCCUCUAAUGGUUAACUUUUUUUUUAAAUUAAGGAAACCGAGGGGAGUCAAAAUGUUGGCGUGAAAAGCAGUUACUCCUAUAGCCAGCUUGACCAAGUCAGGGGAAUAUGGCUUUUCAUACAAUCCUUUGGCUCUGUUAUUUUUGCCAGGCAUUUUCCCCAGAGGCUGCUUUCCCUCAUGGGAGGCGGAGGGAGAGAUGGGACCCCAGGCUUCUGUCAAGGGAAAGCAGGAUACAGUGGGAAAGGCCAAAAAAGAAAGCCUGCCUCUGUGGUGGAGAUCCCCCCACAAAAAACGGAAGAAAAAGAGUAAAGCAAGAGCAGGAAGACCAGAUUUUACUAGUAUUCCAAGCAGGCCAGAAUUUCCAAGGCAAGAAUUUGUUAGGCCAGAAUUUACAAGGCCAGAAUUUGCGAUAUUUGUAGGAGAGUUAACUCCCGAGGUGGAUGAUUUCUUGCUAUAUGACUACUUUUUCAAAAGGUAUCCAUCUUCUGUAGACUGCAAAGUGGCCACAGAUCUGCUGGGCUAUUCCAGGGGUUAUGGCUUUGUCCGGUUUUCUGAAGAAGGUGAUAUGAUGAGAGCAUUGCAAGAUUGUCAGAAUGCGCCUGGUCUAGGUGGAAAACGAAUCCGAUUGACUUUAGGGAUUUCUAAAAGAUUGAAAGCAGAAUUUCAGCGGUACCAGCCCUAUAGUUAUAAUGAUUAUUAUCAAGACUAUCAAAACUACUACCGCCAGUGUAAUUAUGAUAGAAACGAACGCUUUGAUCGCUAUGAACGCGGUGACCGUUUUGAACGAGGUAACCGUUUUGGGGACCGUUUUCCUGAACGUUACCCUGAACAGUUUGGGGACCGUUUUCCUGAACGUUAUGCUGAGCGCUUUGGUUCCCGUAUUGCCGACCGCUACGGUGACUACCCUGAAUAUGCAGAAUAUAAUGCUGAAUAUGGAGAUUAUAAUGCUGAAUAUAAUGACUACAACUACAGCUAUGCAUCUUACGAAAGGAUGCAACCGUCCGGAAAUAUGGGACAGCAAACUAUGAAUCCAGCUGUAUUUCAGGAGACCUCUACUAUGGUUAUGAAUGAUGAUCUAAUAACAGAAGAUCCACAGCUCAACAUAGACGUUCACAGAAUGAACAGAGAAUUUAUGGUGAGAAGUGAAGAACUCUUUGACACACUUAUGAGCUGUCAUUGGCAACCUCUGGAUACGGUCACCUCAGAGAUCCCUACUGCUUUCUAAAAGUGUCUUAUGUUAACACCAUAGCAUGACUAUUAUGACCAAGGUGCUAAAUUGACAUUUCUUCAACAUUACUUUGGAUCCUAAGUUUUUAAGCACGGUGUUGGAUUUUGUUUUGCUAUGCUUUGAUGGCCUUUGUCAUUUUUGUUCAUCACCCAGUAUCUUGAAAUCAUGUAAAUAUUCUGGAAAUGUAAAGAGUUAGUCUAAAGGUAGACUUGCUUAUGUAAAUAAUAAAACUUUGUUUCUGCAAACA